UUAUGCAUAAUGAACGCAGGCUUGCAUGGGGAGUGACGCAGAGAGUCUGAGUACUUUCCUCGUUAUUUACAAAAUAAAUCGCUUCGUUCGCAGGAACGAAUUUAUCAGUUUUAUUCAUCAAGCUUCACGACGCUGAACCGCAGUAGCGUUGUGAUCAAUGUGAUCGCGUCUGCUCCGGAAAAACGAUCUUUCAUGUCAAUGUUGAUGUGGUAGGGAAGCAAAAAAGAUGCCGCAGCCGAAAUCGCGAAAGAUCGCCGUCCUGGGCUACAGAUCUGUCGGGAAAUCCUCCUUGACGAUACAGUUUGUGGAAGGCCAAUUUGUCGACUCGUAUGACCCAACUAUUGAAAACACAUUUACUAAAAUGAUCACAGUGAACGGUCAGGAGUAUCACCUGCAGCUAGUGGACACAGCAGGACAGGACGAAUACUCAAUUUUUCCACAGACGUACUCCAUAGAUAUCAACGGUUACAUUUUGGUCUAUUCAGUCACGUCAAAUAAAAGUUUUGAAGUAGUAAAAGUUAUCCAUGAAAAGUUGUUGGAUAUGGUGGGAAAAGUACAAGUACCCAUAAUGCUGGUGGGCAAUAAGAAAGACCUCCACAUGGAACGUGUCAUCAGUUGUGAAGAGGGUAAAGCGUUGGCAGAAUCGUGGAAUGCAGCGUUCAUGGAGUCUUCAGCGAAAGAGAACCAGACUGCAGUUGAGGUGUUUAAGAGGGUAAUCCUGGAAGCAGAGAAGAUGGACGGUGGUGCUCCACAGGGUCGGACGUCAUGUUCCAUGAUGUAGAUAACCCCACCCCCUCCAGCCUUGGUCCCGCCCCUUUCCCACUGCCUGCCCCGCCCACUGGGGAACAAGCACAAACUUUUCUAGCAAGCAUGUUUGUUUCUACCUGGUGUUUGGGGUUAAAUAAGCAGCUGUGAUUUGGUUUUUUGGUCAAUUUUAUGGUUAAGAAGAACGUUAGCUUUGAGAUGACAUGAUUCGAAUCGGGUUAAAUACACUUAAAAUUAGAUGUUUGCUAGAAAAGUCUGUUUACAAACUCCCACCGCACCCCGCCCUGCCCGCACCACAGCGCUGGACACUGGGAUAUCCCUCUACUUGAAGUGGCUCAAUGCCUGUUUUCCUCCUUAGAAAUGUUGGCUUUUUAUUUUUAAACCUUUUAUACUUCAUUUCACUUUCAUUUUAACUUUAGUUGAGUGUGAUUUUCUUUUUUUAAUUUAUUAUUUUGGGAGAAAAGUGUUCUGUGACAUACAUUACGUGAAUAACCCACAUCCUGUCUGCUUCAUGUCAGUUCAGUGUCUUCAGCUUUCUGUUUUCAGCCUCUCAUGUUCCUCUGUCGCGAACCCUGACCAGUUUGUAUAUCGUGUUUCUUAAACACUGAUUAUGGCCAAUAAAGUUGCAGCAUUCAUUCAUUCUGCAGUGAAUGUUGUUGAACUUUUUUGAUUGUAAAAUCAUUAAACGCAGCAUUUUGUUUCACUAUCA